AUAUUUUACACACACAUACAUAAACAUUUUCAACUCCUCCGUUUAUCUGUUUUUGUAACUUUGCUGUACUUGUGUAACAAGAACCAAGAUGCGCAUAUAUACACAACUCCAAUAACAAUAAUAAUUUUCUACUCAACAAUCUAUCUGCUAUAUAUAUAUAUAUAUCAUAUAUGGAUAAAAACGAGGAAUCUACUUCUAUCCGGCGACCUAUGCUGAAUCUUCCUCCGCGCUCCUCCGUUGAGAAUUUGUUUACUGGUGCAUCCACGGUGAGUCCAGGUCCGAUGACUCUGGUUUCUAGUUUUUUCAGUGAGAAUGAUCCUGACUCGGAUUGUCGAUCCUUCUCGCAAUUGCUUGCCGGAGCUGUGGAGGCUCCGGUGGCUGCUGAUGACUCCGGCGGUGAUCUCCGGUUUAAGAUGAACAGGCCUUCUGGUUUGGCGGUGACUCAGCCUUCCAUGUUUACUAUUCCUCCUGGUUUGAGUCCGGCUUGCUUGCUUGAUUCUCCGGGUUUAUUUUCUGCCAAUCAGGGUGCUUUUGGAACGUCUCACCAACAGGCACUAGCACAAGUUACGGUUCAGGCUUUACAAUCACAUUCCCAGCCACAGAACCAGUUAGAAUAUCCGUCAUUAGCAGCUCCAGCGGUAUCUUUCCCACAGUUUACAGCUUCAGUUUCCACUACAUCCGCAUACCAGCAAAUGCUUACUUCUGUGCCAGACCGCAGUCUUGUGAAGCAAUCAUCACAGUUAUCUCAGUCUGAUAUGAGGUCCCAACCUUCUUCUUUGACUGUCGACAAGCCUGCGGAUGAUGGCUACAACUGGCGAAAAUAUGGUCAGAAGCAUGUUAAGGGAAGCGAAUAUCCACGAAGUUACUACAAGUGCACACAUUCAAAUUGUCCAGUCAAGAAGAUUGUUGAGCGUGCCCUUGAUGGUCAAGUAACUGAAAUUGUUUACAAAGGCCAGCACAACCAUCAGCGACCACAAUCUAACAAGCGUGGAAAAGACGCUGGAAAUGAAAGUUUGAGUUUUCAUCACGACACAAGAUUGGUAUCAGAACACCAGACUGGAAACUUGAAUGAUGAAAGGUCAGGCUAUCCAUUGUCCGUCAAGGAUCAAGAAUUAAGCCUAGCUACACAUGAGCAGUUAUCAGGGUCAAGUGACAGUGAGGAAGUGGCUGAUUCUAAAACUAGAGUGUUUGAAAGGAACGAAGAUGAACCUGAAGCUAAGAGAAGGCCUACAGAUGUCAGGGUUAUAGAGUCUGCGGCAUCUCAUCGAACAGUCACAGAACCUAGGAUUGUUGUUCAAACAACAAGUGAAGUUGAUCUUUUAGACGAUGGCUUUAGGUGGCGCAAGUAUGGCCAGAAAGUUGUCAAAGGAAAUCCUUAUCCACGGAGCUAUUACAAGUGCACUAGCGCAGGAUGCAACGUUCGCAAACAUGUUGAGAGAGCUGCUAGCGACCCUAAAGCUGUCAUAACAACAUACGAAGGCAAGCAUAAACAUGAUGUACCUCCUGCUAAAAACAGCAGCCACAGCACAGCGAAUAGUCAUCUACUAGUCUCAAAACCAAACAAUAUAAUAGCUGACAGGCAUACAUUAACCAGAGGAAUGGAGUUUCCUAACAAUAAUCAACAGGCAGUGGGAGUUCUACGGUUCAAAGAAGAUCAAACUACAUAGUUCCUUUCAAAUGAAUAAUGCAGGAUUACAGCUUGGAACUCAUGAUUUGUGGUUUGUUUGGUAAAGCUGUGUUGGUAAUGUACGAAGCUGGACUUUGAUUCGGACAUUGGUUUUUCACCAUGGUGAAAGUAGAAAUCAUAUUAAAUUGCAAAACAUAUGGUAUACCAGCAGGGAAAAGAAGAGAGAAAAAAACAUGAGAAAAAUAUUGUUUGUAAAUUACUACCUUAUAUAUAUUCUUUUAUAGAAGCCCGUGUGGUAAUGUAUAUCUUUUUGUUACGUGUACUUUGUGACUCUGUAUCAACACUUAAACAGUUAUUUGAUGUUUGUUUGUUCUUUUGCU